ACAAAUCCGUUGCCGUCGGUCCAAAUCUCUCGAAAACAACCGACUUGUAAGCGUAAAGGCGCGUGUGAAUCCCCUAAAAGAGAGAAUAAAUAUUGUGCAGUUUACGCUUGACAAGGAUAUUCAAAAAAUACCCCCUUCAAAAAUGUUCAGAUUUCUUGCAUUGACCACCUUGGUGGCAUUGGCUUCCAGCCAGCACUAUCAUCAGGAUCCCAAGACGGCGGCCAUCAUUAGUGAGCAGCGUUACCUGUCCGGAGAUGGAAAGUUCGGAGCUGCCUAUGAGCAAGAGGAUGGCAUUAACUUCAAGGAGGAAACGGAUGCGGAUGGUACGCGUCACGGCAGCUACAGCUAUGUGGAUCCCUCGGGCCAAAGGCGUACGAUUUCGUAUACGGCAGGCAAAAAUGGUUUCCAAGCUUCUGGAGAUCAUUUGCCGCAGGCACCACCUGCACCACCACAGCCCGUGCCAACGGCGGGCUAUCAACCACAGCAGCAGUACCAGCCUCAGCAAUACCAGGCUCCUGCCCCACAGCCUCAGGCUUCCUUCCGCAGCAACGAUUACGGCGAUGAUGGAUCCUACGAUCCCCGCUACAACGAUCCCUCCUUCGGCCAGAACCAGCAGAGCUACCAGCAGCCCGCUCCUCAGCCCCAGUACCGUCCCGCACCCCAGCCCGCCUACCAACCGCAGCCCGUGCAGCCGCAGCAGCAGCAGUAUCAGCCGCAGUACCAGCAGCCCCAGCAGCAGCAGGCGUACUACACCACCACCACCCCCAACCCCCAUCGCUUUUCGCCACCCGGAAAACUCUCCCUGAACCGCACGCCCGAUGGCUUCACUUACUCCUUCAACAAGGUCUAAGUCUUAAUUUCCAUUCCUAACUCAGACAUGUUGCAUCUUCUCCCUCUUUUCUUAUAACUAUAAUCCUCCCCUCAAUCACUUUCUUCUCUCUUUUGACUCCAUCAAAACUCUUGUGUGAUAUGAUUAAGAGCAAAUUGUAACUUUGUAUCGUACUUUCCUAUAUUCGUACUGUUUGUUUGUAAUUUAUAAUGCUACACAGAGAAAAUUAGAUGCCAUUACCCCAAGAAAAGGGGUAAUAUUUUUGAAAUAUAAAGAAAAAACAGAAAUUAAGAACUUUUUCUCUGUGUUCUUCCCAACUUUAAAAGUAAUUUUUAAAAAAGCGAAGCGAAUAAACUUCGAAGUUUUUAAUUAGAAUUUUUAGUACUUUGGGCCUUGGGACAUCUGAGCAAUUUGUAUUCAUAGAUGUGUAAGAGCAA